CCAGCCCAAGAUAGCCGGAUAGCUGAUAUUGCCCAUUACAGUAUUCACCUAAUCCCAGCAUCCACCCUGUCAACGUCACUCUGCACGUUUGAUUCUGCACUUCUGCUGCAUAUCAACCUGAUCGUGUCUGCCCCUGAAUGGAGGGUUGAAGAAUUCCCGUGCCUGCUUGAAUGAACAACCUUGACAGGAUUCUGAGUUACACUACUCCGGGAUCCUCUCAUGGCCAGCCACGCAGCUAGAGCAGAAGUGGAGCACCGCUGGGUUGAUUCACACACCUGAAUUGCGCUGAACUGCCAUGUCGGAAUAUCUUCGUUCCUCGAUUCCUCAGCUGCCUUCACAGUCAUCACCGCCGCCAGCUCCACCUCUUCCUCCCCCGAAGUAUGCUAAUCGGGCCACCACGGCUCUGGCCAGAUUUGCGCAGCCUUUCAGAUAUGGCUCGCGUCCGGCCAGCGCCCGAGCAAGCCGAGGGGAGGACUUGGGCAGAGAUCUGACACCCGCUGGUGUGGGAAGGAUUACAGGUCCGAUACCAUCCCAGACGACCGCCCACAAGACUGGGCUCGAGAUCAACGCGCUUGAUAUUUCUUCUCAACGCACACAUGCUGUCUUGGCAGGUCAAAAGAUUCUGAAGACGGUGCGUGUGUCAGAUGCCACAUGCGCCGAGGAAUUCAAUCUGCGCUCCGCAAUUAUUGCUUAUGCCUCGACCCAUAAUACUUCGGGAAACGUGCUGUCGGCCAAGCACAAGGAUCAACUGGGUGCCGUGGAUGUGAAAUGGUCGCAUGGCAUGUUCGACUCUACAAUUGCGACGGCUGUAGCAAAUGGCAAAAUUGUACUUUACGACAUUAAUAGACCGGGCGUUGAGCUGGCCCGACUGCAUGAGCACAACAGACAGGUCCAUAAGCUUGCUUUUAGCCCAAUACAAGGGGCCCUGUUACUUUCUGGGAGCCAGGAUACAACUGUUCGAUUAUGGGACUUGAGGGUUCGGCCAGGGGAUCGCGGCGUCCUGACAUACCGGAGCGUCCGGCGAUACAUGGGGAAUACGGAGAGCGUCCGGGAUGUCAAAUGGUCGCCGAAUGAUGCCGUGGAGUUCGCCUUUGGUACGGACAAUGGGGUGGUCCAGCGAUGGGACUUUCGCAAAGAGAAUGCGCCCCUCUUGAAGAUUAACGCGCACGACAAGACUUGCAAUUCGAUUGACUGGCAUCCUGAUGGAAAACACCUUGCCAGUGCAAGCGCUGACAAAAACGUCAAGGUCUGGGACUUUUCAUCAACCAAUCGGCGCCAGAAGGCCGUCUGGGUCCUACGCGCACCUCACGGGGUGAUGAAUGUGCGAUGGCGACCGCCUUGUCGGAUCCCCGAGUCGCACGAACCGGGCGGACUAUUAUGUACACAAAUUGCAACAACCUAUGAGGACAGAGUUGAUCCCAGAAUACAUAUUUGGGAUCUGCGGCGGCCUCAUAUGCCCUUUAGAGAGCUGGGGAGAUAUGGCAGGGCGCCUACGGAUAUGCUAUGGCAUUCCCAAGAUCUGCUGUGGACCGUUGGGAAAGAAGGAAUGUUUACGCAGACUGACAUCUACUUUACCCCCAAGGUUCUUGAUCGAAGGAGUUUACACGCUCUGGAUUGGUCCCCUGAUGGUGACAUCUCUUACUUCACCCAAAAGCGACACCGCCGUCGACGUUCGAGUUUUGAUGAAUCUCCAGAACGAGGAUUUAUCGAAAGCGCAGCACCGACAAGCAGUGGCGAUGGCGUUAGUGGAAGCAGGGACGAGAAUGUCGACGAUGGUGUUGAUGAAAGCUUCCUCAGCUCAUCAUCGAGACGAAGCACCGCACCUGCUUCACGCGCGCAUUCUACGAGGUCUCUUGGCAGCACGCCUCCAUCAAUGGGUGCCUCGGGUCCUGUUAUUCCACUCACCGAAGCCUUGGAUCGAAGAGAUGCCGCACAACCAGGACAGUUGAGUGCAAGAGGACAUAUUUUUGGCACGUUUGAUGCUGACCUAUUUGCGUACCUUGCUGAAAACUAUCAAUUUAUAACUGAAAGAUUGCUAUCGACGGAUGGGAUUGAGUUAGUCUGGCGGGGGUUUGACGCAAACUCUUCAAUUGCAAGGGAUGCUGGUCUCUAUAGAAUCGCGCAAACUUGGAAAAUGCUUGGUCUUGCCAUUACCAAGGAGCUGCACGUACGUGCGCAGGAGAAUAGGAAACUCCGAGCUGAGAAGGGACCUGGUCGCCCCCAUCAUCACCAUCAUCAUCAUCAUCAUCAUCAUCACCACCACCACCACCACCACCAGCAACACCGCCAACAUCAUAAUCACCAUCUUCAACAGCAGGAGAACCCUCAUCAGCAGCUGGCCCUGCCACAGCGGGCAGGCAGAUCUGGGGUGACAGAAGAUGCCAACACGAAAGCCAAGCCAGAAAAUCCGACACUCAACCCUGCGACCCGAGCCAUUGCCGCGGCUGAAGGAGGCUCUCGAAGUCCAGGCCCCGAGAGUACAUCUAAUAUGUCUACCCCUCUUGCCAGGCCCCGUUCAGAUUCUGCGGGUCCACGUCCAGGGCAGGCUGACCUUGCGCGUCUUGAUAGCCAGGAAAAGCUUAUGUUACCGCCCGCAGUGACUGCCCCAAAAAAUAGCUCGGCGCUAAGAAUUGAAGAUCGCCCACCAGAUUCAUUCACAAGAGGCCACUCUAGAGCAGUCUCAUCAGAUUGGAUCACCACCCGAAGAAGCAUGACGGACAAACGGCCUUCAACAGACAGCUGGCAAAUCCGGCCAACGCCCAUUCUCAGUUUUGAUUCUCCAGGCAUGGGCAAAAGGCAUGAUCGAUUUCCACCCAAGCUCGACCGACUAGAUAGUGAUGAGAGCUUUCCAAUGUUCUCGGCUUCGGCCUCUACUGAUUCACAAGCCACUCGAUCUAUAGACAGCUCUCAGGCUGGGAGUGCCAAUUCACUGGAACCUGGGCCGAAGCCAGAACGAUGGAACGACAAGUAUAUGCCCUUAGGAAGCCUUCAUCAAAACAGCGUCUUUGGGUCGCACGGCAUCAACAUGUCGAGCUCUGAAUCAGAAAACUUUGCCAGCUAUGGAUCGAGCUUUAGCGACCAACAGCAUGAACUGGAAAGCAAUAAAAUGGAAGCCAGUGGGACUAUUGUCCCAGACGACCGUACAAAGGCUAGCUCAUCUUCCGCAACUUCAAGCUCACCUGUAGCUGUCGAGACGAAAGCCCAUUCUAAACCAUCUUCACCUGAACAAAAGCCUGACGGCAAUAGAGCUCAAGAAGGAGCCGCGACCGUAUCAAGAUGGCCGUUUCCGACAUCCGAUAUCUCCCCAACCACCAACCCUGCACCUACCACGUCCCAACUUCCAUGGAGCGCUUCGGCCAUGCUCCACCAAGCCAUAUCCUUUCACACUGAGUCUUUGGCCGACUCUCAGACCCUCUCAUACCUUGUCCUUCUCCUUAACCCGCUUCUCUCUCCUGCAGAUGCUGUUCAUCCCCUGAUUGUCGAGUCUAUUCUCGCCACCUAUCAUACUCAGCUCCUCUCCCUCCAGUUGCACAAUGAGGCAGCACAUUUACGUCGACUCUGCCACCCCACGUACCCAUCCAUUUCCGAAUACGGUCUUCAAGAAACCUAUAUCGGUUUACUUUGUCGCCAGUGCGGCAAGCCGCUGGAAAAUGUCAAGACGAAGCGCAGCUUAUGGGUCUGCGAAAGAUGUCUGGGCCGACAAGCCCCCUGUCCUGUCUGCAAUCUCCGCACGGCCCCCCCAUCACCAUUUGCGGAUGCAACUCCUUCGCCGGCUCUUUGGGGGUGGUGUCAAGGCUGUGGUCAUGGUGGCCAUGAUGGCUGCCUUCGCCUAUGGUGGGAUCCUGAGACUGCGUCGGAUGGAAUAUGCCCCACUCAAGGCUGCUUGCAUGACUGCAUCAAGGGACAGCGUCGAGCCGAGCGUCUACGCGGUUGGGAAGAGAGAGAGCGUCGUGAGCGUGGUCCCGCCCGCAGAGACAGCUGGGUCGUCGGCGAGAGUAAAGCUGUUGAAAAGGCUCGCGCAAAACUUGCGCCUUCUGGGCCAAUCGGGCUGGGUCCACAAAAUAGAAGAGUCAGGCUCGUCGAACCCAAGGCCAAGAGCAAGUAAUUUUGUCGUCAAUUACAUAUUGGCUUUUUCUUUUUUCUUGCCCUUUUGCUUUUUCACAAAAUAUUUUUACUUUGGUCAUGGUGUUGGGGCGUAUCCUAUCUCGUUGUGGUUGAUUUUUUUGGCGUCUGAAAUGGGAUUCCCCUUGUACUCGAACUUAUUUGGGUCAACUUUUUCCGUGGCCCUCACAUCGUUUUUUGUCUUUUGAUACCUGGCUUGUUCCCAUCUGGACCUUUUGAAAUCAAGCCACAACACGGUAGGAGUUAUGUCGAAUUUUUCUUACCUGGAUGUAUUGUACACCUUAUGCAACAAGCAAUGUCCUUCUACGUUUUCUUGUACCUUGUACAGUACAUCUAUCAGAAUUUUGAGCUG